CUUCACUUGGAAAUCUCCACAACCAAAAAUUAGUAGAAAUAUUUAACCGCAAUAAACCAUGCAUGCAUUUACAAUAAAAAUCCUUGAAACUCUCCUCCUGGCCGGAGUUCUCUCCGGCUUAUUUUCUAGCUCUGCUAAGGCGCAAAACUGCGACUGCGACCUCACCAUCUAUUGCUGCAGCCAGUGGGGCUACUGUGGCAACGGCUACGACUACUGUGGACCUGGAUGCCAAGCAGGUCCUUGCGAAACUUCCUGCGAAGGUACUGGCACUUUAACAGUAAGUGAUAUUGUAACUCAGGAAUUUCUGGAUGGAAUUACAUCGCAAGCCAGUGCCGAUUGCGCCGGUAACGGCUUCUACAGCCGGUCUGCAUUCCUUGAAGCCGCUUCCUCAUUCCCUGACUUUGGCACCACCUGCACCGACGAUGACAGAAAGAGAGAGAUUGCUGCUUACUUUGCCCAUGUCACCCAUGAAACUGGACAUUUCUGUUACAUAGAAGAAAUCAAUGGACAAGCUUACAACUACUGCCAAGAAAGCCAAGAGUAUCCAUGCAAUCCUAACAAGAAGUACUUCGGACGUGGGCCUCUGCAGCUCUCAUGGAACUACAACUACAUCCCCGCCGGGCAGGAUAUCGGCUUCGACGGCUUAAAUGAUCCGGACAUUGUUGCCCGCGACCCGGUCAUCUCCUUCAAGACUUCUCUUUGGUUUUGGAUGAAGAGAGGGGUGCACAACGCCAUAAUUUCCGGCCAGGGCUUCGGAGCCACCAUCAGAAUCAUCAACGGCGGCCUUGAGUGUGACGGCGGCAACCCAGCCCAGAUGAUGGCGCGUGUGGAAUAUUAUAAGUCCUAUUGUGCCCACCUUGGUGUGUCCCCUGGAAAUGAUCUCACUUGUCUCACUAGAACUUUGGCUUUUAGUAAAUAAGUGCGUGCAUGCACGUGCACGUAUGUAUGUUACUAGAUCGGUGGUUGAUGAGAUGCACUAGUGUGAGUUUCGUAUUGUGUAUUUACAUCCCUAAAUAAAUGCCGAUGGUGAAUAAAUAUCUUUAUGUAGAAUGACUGUGUUUUAUUUUAAUUUUUUUUUAAA